CACGGGCAGAGCGGCACGUUUCCAUGUGAUGUUUUUGGUUUUCGGCUUUCAGUGUUGUUUGCAUUUUCCGCGGAGCUGGAGUUUUUCCAACAGCAAAUUCAGUUACCCGGAAUGAGUGGCGCACAGCGGAACCUGGAUCGCAAGAUCGUUGUCAUCGGAGCAGGAGCCUCGGGCGUGGCCUGUGCCACCGAGCUCCUGGAACUGGGCUUCCAAAAUGUGCUCGUCGUGGAGGCGGAGGAUCGUCUGGGUGGACGCAUACACACCAUUCCCUUUGCGGACAACGUCAUCGAUCUGGGCGCCCAGUGGUGUCACGGCGAGCGGGAUAAUAUUGUCUACGAACUGACGAGGAAACAGGAGGAGGAGCUGCUGGAGUCCACGGGUCCGGUGUACGAGAACUACCAGUGCGUUCGUUCGAAUGGAGAUGUGGUGCCCGAACACAUAGCCAGUCGCCUCAAGGCCAUUGUGGGUGAUUCACUGGUGACCCGGCAGCUGGAGCUGCGCAACUGCAGCGGAUCCUUGGGCAGCUAUCUGACCAACAAGUUCUACGACACCCUGCGGCAUCCGGAGAACAGCGAUAUCGAUGCCCAGGUGGCCAGGGAGUUCUUUGUGAAUUACCAGAAAUUCGAAAACUCUGUCGAAGCCUCGGAUUCGCUGGAACAGGUUUCGGGGCGGGGUUACCUGGACUACUGGGAGUGCGAGGGCGACAUCCUGCUCAACUGGAAGGAUAAGGGCUAUGUGGAGCUGCUCCGACUGCUCAUGCGCUCCAGGGAGUUGAAAACGGAACAUGGUGUCCUGGAGCAGCGACUCCUUCUCUCCACUCGGGCAACAAAGAUCAACUGGAAUCGAAAUGAUGGACGAGUGGAGCUGCAGUUGAGCAAUGGCGAUAGCUUCAUCGCGGAUCAUGUGGUGGUCACCGUUUCACUGGGUGUCCUAAAGGAUCAGCACUUCAGGCUGUUCGAGCCACAGCUGCCCGUGGAGAAGCAACGCGCCAUCGAUGGUCUGGCCUUUGGAACGGUCAACAAGAUCUUCGUGGAGUUCCCGGAGGUCUUUUGGCCCGAGGAUUGGACGGGUUUCACGCUGCUCUGGCGGGAUGAGGAUUUGGAUGAUAUACGCGGCACCUCGAGAGCUUGGCUGGAGGACGUCUUCGGCUUCUAUAGGGUGAGCUAUCAGCCGAGGAUUCUGGCCGGUUGGAUCACCAAUGCAAAUGGCCGGCACAUGGAGACCCUGCCCGUGGAUGAGGUUCAAGCCGGUGUGAUGUACCUCUUCCGCAGGUUCCUCAAGUGGAAGGUACCGGAUCCCUCGAAUUUCCGCACAUCCGCCUGGCAUACGAACGAGAACUUCCGCGGUUCCUAUUCCUAUCGAUCCAUGGACACGGAGCAACUGGGCACCGGAGCCCGGGAGUUGGCAUAUCCCCUGACCGUGGUAGCCACCACGCCGGAGAAGGAGAAGGAUUUGGAGGAGGACCAGGCGUGGCAACAGAGUCGCUGCGAUAGGCCCAUUGUCCAGUUUGCCGGGGAGGCUUCGAGUGAGCACUACUACUCCACCGUCCAUGGAGCAGUGGAGGCGGGAUGGCGGGAGGCCAGACGAUUGGCCCAGUUCUACGGACUAAGCGUGUCCCGUUCGGGAACCAAAUCGCAACUCUAGCUAUAAGGGGGGAUCCGUUACCG